UUUGGCGUCUCACUAACAGGGGCCUGAUCCCAGGCAGAAAUGACUCCAGUGACGACAACUUGCCAUCUAAAUCAUUGUUUCAACUGACAUCAACAUCAACAUCACUCGUUAGCACGGGAAGAGUCUUUUGAGUAUCAUUUUUUUUAAAAGAAAAUCGACUGAACGAUGGGUCGAACCGGGUACCGGGUAGAAGGACUACCCCACGAUACAACGCUCGAAAAUGUCCAUAAUUAUCUGCAAUUUGAUCCAGAAGCGAACAUGCGAUUGGUUGCUAGAUCUGUAGCACCACUUAUCGAUGGCCUGCCGAACGAGUUAAAGGUGGCUACGGUAGACUUCAUACCACCAUCCGGUUGGAAUCCGUCGGUUCCAUUGCCGGCUCUGAAAGGCCAUGGAGGAGACAGAGUUGUCGUUGACCAAACAUUUUAUGGGUUUACUCCUUUGAAUGAGCCACAAGAACCAGUAGCUAUUGAGUAAGCUUCUCCACCCUCAUGCUUUUUCUUGCUAAUUGACGGUAAAGUAUUAUUGCGGUCACAGGACUAGCCGGAAAUGCCUUCGGUUCAUGGGCAUCAGAGCCAACACAUAUGUGGCUGCGAGAUAAACUAGCUGUGGACUUUCCCCAUGCAAGGAUCAUGAGCUAUGGGUUUGACUCUCACUUGAAAGGCAGUCACUCAGAGGCCGUUGUUUCAGUGUUCGGUUCUCGUUUCCGUAGUGAUGUGGAAGAGAUACGCAGGCAUGCAUCAGUAAGAUAGUCACACCCACGUGUUGCGGGAUAGGAUUGACCAUAGCAGGAUCGACCACUCGUAUUUAUCGGGCAUAGUUUGGGAGGGUUAGUGAUAAAAAAGGUAUGCAAAUAUCCAUGAAGUAUGGUGCCGUGGUUCACAAGUUUGCCUAGGCCAUGUUAGGGCGAUGGAAAAUAAUGCCGUCAAUUCCAUUGAUGAUAUUUUUGGGUACACCUCAUCGAGGAUUAGACACGGAGGCUCUUCUUGAGCUCGUCAAGCACGAUUCAACAGCUCCGUUGAUUCGGCAAAUAUCUUUCCGGUCUCAUGAGCUCAACGAAUUGAAUUCUGAUUUCUGCCACUUUUUAUCCACGGCGCCCGAUAUCGCGAUACUGUCAGUCUAUGAGACCAUUCGAACCAAAACUUUGGUUGAAGUUAGUAAAAAUUCCAGUCGCAGAUAAACAAUGGCUCACCUAUGCAUUAGAUGCCUGAUGGAACAUGGGCAAGACAAGGGGUGGAAAAAAUGAUGGUACCUCCUGGUGAGUACAUUUCAAUAAUUCUUCGCCACGGCCUGAUAUCUUAUUCGGUACGUGCGAAGCCGCUAAUAGAUUUCUAGACUCAGCAGUGCUUGGGGUAGGGACAAGAGAGGUAGAAGUUCCCUGUAUAACAGAUCACUCUCGACUAGCAAAAUUUCCCGCUGCAAGCCAGGGUACUGCAUAUCCACAAGUUCAAGGAGCAAUUAUGAAGUCGAUACGGACAACUCCUCUGGGACACGAGGAACUAAUAGAUGCGAUACGAAACCAAGCCUCGAAAAGGGUUGAGACACUUAUCAAAUCAGGCGAUUUUUGUCUCGAUCGGUUUGCUCAGAAUGGCGACACCGCUCUAGUACUUGCCGCUAAAUGGGGUUGUAAAGUUGUUGUAAAGUGUUUGCUAGCCUACGGCGCCAAACCGAACCAAUGUGACGAAGAGGGAUGUACACCCCUGUUUGCGGCCGCUGGUCAAUAUGAGGCAUCGCUCGACGUCGUCAAGCUGCUAGUUGAGAAUGGUGCAGACAUCAACCUGGUAUCGGGAGAUUUGAAAUGUACACCAUUACAUGGAGCUGCUCAAAUACCCUCAAAUUCCCAUAUUCUUCAAUACUUAUUAAGCCGUGGUGCAGCUACAGAGGUUCAAAAUGCACAUGGACUGACCUCUCUUUAUAUCGCCUCGCGCCAGAACUGUGUAUUUUCUGUAAAGCUGUUGAUACAGUAUGGAGCAGUUGUUGACUCAUGCAACUGGGACUUAAAAGACAGGAAAUAUGGAGAAACACCAUUGAUAGCAGCAGUUUAUUUUGACAAAGGAAUCGCUCACAACACACAUGUGAUAGAACUACUAGUUCAGGCUGGCGCCGAUAUCAAUCUUCGAGCCGGAAGUUCGAAACACACAGCUUUGAUGAUUGCAUGUCUAAAGGGUUAUGAUCGAGGAGUAAGAUGCUUGCUUGAACAGGGUGCUAACGAAGGCAUGAAAGACGCAAAUGGCAACAAUGCUUUGAUGUAUGCCGCAAGGAUAGGAAAUGUGCACACGAUUAUGGUACUGGCCGAAUAUGGUAGCUCCAGCAUUGAAAUGCAAUCUGCCCAAAGGCGGGUCUUAGAUUGGGCCAUCUAUUACGGAAAGGUUGAAGUAGUCAAGUACCUCUUAGCUUUAGAUCCUGGUUACCAGCCAAUAGGUAUUGAUGAGCGGUUUGGGAGUAAUAUAAAUGAACAUACGAGAGAAGAGAUCGAGGCAUAUCUACCUAAGGAUAGCAAUAACGGUAUGCCUGUCAAAGGGUUGACAUUUUGGGACCGAUACAGAUGGAAAAGAAAACAAAACAGAUAGAUUAGAUGUACCGAUGUAGAGCAGCGCUUGAUUAGACCUUUGAUAAUGAAUUAAUAAGGACAGAAUAGCAGCGACAUCGUGGAUAGCUGCCAUGAUGGUUUGGGACUGAGAUAUGUUGUUUGCUGGUUGU